AUUUUCGCUUGAACUACAUUUCCCAAAAUGCUUUUCUCAUCAAACAUGGCGACGAUGACAAUUACUUCCGGGUCACGGAUAGUAAACAGCAGGGUCGCUUUUUAACCGGCAAAAUGUGAAGUUACGCGGGAUAGGGUACUUCACAGAAGUUAAACAUCCAAUAAGGAUGGACCUGGGCAAGGCCAAGCUACUGCGGAGCGGCGUCAACGCGCUGCACCAGGCCAUCCACCCUGUGCACGGCAUCGCCUGGACCGAUGGCAAGCAGGUGUGCCUGACAGCGCUGUACUUUGUUCACGGCGAGGUCAAGUUCGGUGACACCAACGUGAUCGGGCAGUUCGAGCACGUCCUGGGGCUUUUUUGGGGCCCGCUGUGCUGCCCGGACUCGCCCGCCCUGCUGGCCGUGCAGCACAAGAAGCACGUCAGCGUCUGGCAAAUGCAGCUGAGCGCUCUGGAACACAACAAGCUGCUAUGCACUCAGACCUGCGAGAUGAGCGAGCCUUUCCCGCUGCUCCCUCAGGGCUGUGUCUGGCAUCCCAAACUAGACAUCUUGUCUCUCCUGACUAAGAGGGACGCCUCAGUGCUGUUUUCCGUGAGGGUGGACAACAGGAGGACCAAAGCAGACAUCAAAGGGAGCGGACUGAUCCACUGCGCUUGUUGGACUAAAGAUGGCACUCGGCUGGUGGUGGCGAUCGGCAGCGAGCUUCACUCCUACAUCUGGAACGACAUCCACAAGAGCCUGGUGGCCUGCUCCUUCUGCCCCAUCUUUGACGUGGGGGGCUACAUCUGUGCCAUGGAGGCCACAGGGGACUCUCAGGUUGCGGUGGCGACAGAGCUGCCUUUGGAAAAACUAUGCGGGUUGAGCGCCGGCAUGGCUUUUGAGGUACCGCCUGAGGCAGACCCCUUGCAGAGGCAGACUCUGGAAAAUGACCUCUCGUUGGACUCAAGGAGACGGUCCUUUGACUCCGAGAGGUCUCAUGCAGCCAGCCCGAACCCUGUGGACCUAACCCACCUGCUCGCCAAGCACCGCUGCUCAGACCCGAGCCCCCUUAUUCACCUUCGUCGCAAGGAUGUAGUAACAGGCUCCGGCCAGGACUCCUCGCACCUGGUCUUAAUCACAUACGAACGGAAGGUGACGACCACCCGCAAAGUCAGCAUCCCCGGGAUCCUGGUGCCGGAUAUCGUGGCUUUUGACCCGCGGGCUUCCACUGUGGCUGUUGCGUCCAACACCUGCAACAUGGUGCUGGUGUACUGCAUUACGCCAUCUGCCAUGCCCAACAUCCAGCAGAUCUCCCUGCAGGCCAACGACAGGCCCAAGGGGGUGUGCUUCCUCAGCGACAAGGUUCUGCUGUUGAUGGUGGGCCGCCAGAAGUCCAUGGAACCCGCCUUCCUCCCGUCCUCCAACACGGAAAAAUACAUCCUUCGCCUUUUAGCCAAAGAGUUGAUGUACGACGGGGACAGUGUCUUCUCACCAGCCCCCUCCCCUGUCAACCCGGGGUCACCCUUUAAUUUCUCCCGGAUUAGAAGGCACUCAGAACACCUGUCCAAAGAGGACAGGGAACGCCCAGGGAUAAAGGACUUGGUGCUGCCGGGCGCAGGUGUUGUACGUUCACCCGGAAGCAGACGCGGACUGGUGGAGGAGGUGAGGAGCGACGAGGCCAGCCCCGUAACCAGCUCUGUGGACUUUUCCUCCUCGGAGAGAACGCCGUCCAGCACCUCAUCCUCUGUCACGGUGGAGAACUUUGACGCCGACCACGUCAGCCGCAUGGCCAGCCUGGCGGUGGCCGGCCAGGCCUGCAGGGACUCGGUCCGUGCCCCGUCGCUUCGCCUGGAACCGGAGGCGGUGCUGGCUCCGUCGACGCCCAUGCACGGAAUGGCCAGUAGUACGGGGCGGGAGCGAGCGCUGGAGCAGCUCGUCUUCAACAUGGAGCGGCUGUUUGCCCGCUUUGCAGAAGUGCAGCAUUGCCUGAGCGAGAUCCGGGACUAUGCGCAAAACGGGAAGAAGGUCCAGAGCGUCUACCCCAGCGCUGGAGAGCCCCCUCACAUCAAUGUCACAUGUCAGAAGCAGCUGUCAGAGAACGUGUUCAUCGACGAGCGGCGGCCGGUGCUGCUGUGCGACGGCAAGUUGAGUCUUUCAGCCUUGCAGGAGCUUUUCAACCUCAGCAUCGUGGAGAUGGUGCACGGCCCCCUGUGGAUCGUCCUGGUGGCGGACGCAGACGGCUUCGUACCUCUGACGUUCAAAUCCAAAGAGGAGCUCACGAUUCGCAACGGCAAGCGUAAAUCUACCCUGCGCACCCCCGAGACCUCCUGCCCUUCCAGUCCGGCCCCCAGCCAAACCCCCAACAUGGUGACGGCGGAGGCCUCCACGUAGCGUCUUCACAGACCUCCCAGGACAACGUAGGGGCUUGCAAAAUGCUGCCUCACAACCCGAAGAACAUUUGCAUAUUUUGCCAAUAAAGCAGCUUUAA